UUGGAUGUGUUCCAGAAGGUCACAGUGAACAUCAAGGUCGUGGAACUAAAGGACGAAGUUAAACCGAAUGAUGUUGCAGACGGAAGUGGUACGGCUCGAGUUUGUGUCUGGGAGGGGAACACGAAUGCGAUGGAAAAUGAUCGAUAUUACUGCCUGAAGAAUUUCAUGGUCAGAGAGUAUCAGAGCACAAAAUACCUCACAAUGGCCAAGGAAGGCUCGGAAAUCAUCCGAAUUGAGGAUAUAGGAGCUGUGAUUGAGCAAGGAGACAGAGAUGACGAGCUGUGGGUGAUCAACAACGUCACAGUUGCAAGUGUCCCUUACUUCGACAUGUAG